CAACAUCCUCGUCAUCCUCGUCAUCCUCAUAUUACACACAGAAACAGUCAAAACAAUUCAAUGAAAAUCAUUCUAAUCGAAUGUUCAUAAAACAUGUUCAAACUGAUAGUAGUACAACAACACGACAACAUCAACAACAAUCACAGUCUAAAUUCAAUAAUAAUAUUCAUAAUCUUAGAACAAAAUCAAAACAUGUAGUAGCGUAUAAUAGCGUACAACCACCGAAAACUACAUUCAAAUUGAAAUUAUUACAUAAAAAAUUCUAUAAUAAUAAUAAGAAACGUAAAAAUAGAAAAUACAGUCAACAAUCAAUCAAAUCAUUAUCAUCUCAACAAAAAACUAUUUUAAUGUCUAAGCUAAAAAAACAAUCACGAAUGUCUAAUAAAAUUAGUGUUAAAAAUAGAAAAUUGAAUAAACUAGUAGUAGUAACACAAUCAUCAUCAUCAUCAUCAUCAAUGAGAAGGAGGAGGAAUAUCUCGAAAAAAGUAUCAAUGAAUCGACGUUAUGCAAUUGUACCUAGUUCAUCAACAACUGUAUCACCAAUAUGGUUGGGACGUUUAAGGCCAAGACCAGUGAAAUGUGCACGAUUUGAAUGA